UCGAAAGGAUCCAGGAUUUGAUCAAGCGUGGAGCAAUGCGAAAAAGUGACCCUAUCUCUCGGGUUCAACUUCUUUCAUCCGUGCGGUGGUCUUUGUGAAACGAACAUUUAAUUGAUAGGCGCUAGAGUUCAAAUAAGAUCCAUUUCUCAUUAUGCGCUGCUCUGUAUACAUUGUCGCGAUUCCGUUUACACGGGGGCGAAUCCACACAAUAGCUUGGGAGUGAACAAUCACCUGGGCUUUGCCUUUUGCACAAAAACGGGGAGGCAGUUUCCACUUGGUGGAUUCUGGAGUUGUUAUUGUUCGGAAGUAGUCGGGGCUAUGCUAUAGAGUCCCAUCCGUUGUUGUAUUAUAUGUACGCAAGCAUGAUUAGUGUAUGGUGUCUCGACUGGUACUGUAAUUGAACACCACACCUCAUAAUCGCGUAUUCAUGUCACCUUUUUCCUAGGAUAUCACCAUGAGGAAAUGGACAAUCCUGGAUACUGAACAUAUUUAUCUAGUCCUGACAGAACGUUCCUGGACAACACAUGCAACCUUCUGCCAGGCAUUAAUAUCUUUGCUGUACGGAGAAUGUGCUAGUGGUCACACGCGCUAAUUUUUGCACCCAGAAUGAUGAGGAUAACAAAAAAAGUAACCAUAACGAGUGGCCCAUAACUCGAUAAUACGCUAUAUCUUUGAAGUUCUCAGUCAAGAAGAGGAAACGUGUUUCAUGUUGUGAGAUAAUGAUAAUGAAGGUUGUAGCGACACACUGUUUGUAAUGAACACGCCAUUUCGGAUAAAAAAGGCUUAAAUAACAAAGCUAAGUUGAUUGAUGUCUCUAUCAAGCUUAAGUUUGUUUCAUAAUACAGUAACCUCUGGAGGUUUUGAAAGCUAAUUGUCUUUAUAAUGCUGUCAGUCAUACUUUACAGAGGGGAAUAGUUUCUGUAUAAGCAAAAAUACGAUACCAACACCAUGUGAGACUGAGCUGUUGAAUAUAUGGUUUGAAGACUAUAUUCAUGGAACUUAAGCGGCUCCAUCAGCGAUUAAAUUGUUGUGUAUCUGUCACUUUCACCCUAUGAGGCUCAGAUAUUAAUUCACCUUUUUUGUUGGAGGCACGAUUACAAUUUGCAACAAAGCAGCAGAAUCUGUUCAAGUUCGUUGGAUAAAACAUAGACGAAUAUGGCACCGUUGGGAAUCCAGGCAAUACUUUUUGUUAUUUCAUGGUUCUGUUCGUCUACUGCGGUAAUUCUUGAUGUGAGGUUACAAGAUGGCGAUUCCCCAACAAACGGCAGAGUAGAAAUCAACGUCGAGGGCAUCGGAUGGAAUACAAUUUGUGGGAGCUCGUGGGAUAUAAAUGACGUCACAGUGACGUGUCGACAGCUUGGUUUCACCGGGGCACAGAUGGAGCUCGUGAGGUCGGAGUUUGACUCGGGCACGGCACCAAUAUACAAGAAAACUAUCCAUUGUAAAGGAAAUGAACAAACUUUGGACGAUUGCCGGAUGACGACACAGAAUUGUUACGGUAGUUCAAACUCAGCCGGAGUAGUUUGUCAAGGGCCAUCUUAUCUCGGCUGUUACGGAGACAACCCGCAAGCACGAUUACUUACUGGAACAUCAUACGUCGAUUCAACUAGGAUGACAAUUAGCGAUUGCAUUACUUUCUGUAGACUACGCGAUUUUGCAUACGCGGGACUGGAGCUGGGCUCUGAAUGCUACUGCGGUGAUGAGAAUACAGAUUUCGACCUGUACGGAAUAUUUAGCGACGCUGUCUGCAGACACACAUGCAGUGGGAAUCAAUUGGAAACCUGUGGAGGCAUUGCAAAAAUGGCAGUUCACAGAACAGCUAUCCCGACGACAACUCCCAUGGCAACAACUACCAAUCUUUCCUUGCCAAGAACACCCAGUCCCAUAGAAAUGACAAGCCCUGACCUGGGAACAUCCCUGAUCUCCACUUCAUCAGCAGCCUUAGAAGUGUCAUCAACCAAAAGUUUUAAAGCUACUCAAGGUCCUUUGUCAGAUGGGACGAUGAUGAUAAUCGUGUACAUCUUGGGGGCGCUGUUGUUCUUUUGUCUCAUUAUAAUUUUGGGCUGUCUCAUCUGGAACUGCAGACUGAGGUCUAGAACUUCGUACGGAGUUUCUGAUGAUUAUCACACACCUCCGCACAGCAAUCAGAAUGUUAAUGUGCGUCCUUACAUGACCCUCAGUGAACGGCGGCCCGACGGCAACGGUUACCAGAGUUUGAGUGUCCAGCGAAAAGAAGCACAGAGGGGCGCUAUGCCGGAAGGACCAUACGCAGACAGUUUAGGCGGCGAGCCGGUGUACCAGGAGCCCGGUGUAUACUUGGAACCGGACAACCGUCUUUCGGUUGCCUACAAAGCCGGUGAUCCGGAUGCAGAUGAUUUGUUCUUAGGAGGAGGGAAUGAAUAUGAAACGCUCGGCGUAUAGAAAUACUAUCAAAGACAGUACUUUAAAAUAUUAUGUUACUGGUGCUCGAAUUAUUUAUGUUGUCAAAUUAUUAUUGCUGCUUAUAUCGCUCAGUGCCUUAUUUGCUUGUCUGAAAUUUAUAUCACAACUCAAUCAUGGGGCUGGCGAUGCAUAGCUCGCGCUAUUUGGUGGGAAAAAGCUUACCACGUAUAGGAAAACUCUUUGGCGAGAUAUAGCAUAUAUAGUAUCUACACGGACAAAUAACCUGAACGACGUACCAAACAUCAUAAUACUACUAGUAUUGGUUUGCUAUAAUGAAUUCAUCUUGUUCUUUGCCUCCUGCCUGGGUAAUAUCCUCUCUACAUAGUUUAAUAUUCCUGCCGAACCUUGAGUAGCGUGUGUCCCACAAGUUGAAGUUCAUGUGCCAAGUAUGUUGCAGGGCAAGUAGAACAUGGCAGAAUAGCAACGAUGUAUCUUGCUAAUACUGAAUUUCGAAAGUGGAAACUCUCUUACCUUUCCAGAACCCCGCUAGAAAUGAAAAGAAAUGGAUCUUGAGUUCGAUUUUGAAAGGAUUGGUUGCAUUGACCAUGUUAUACAAUAAGUCUUGAGAAAUCAUCUUAUAUGUACGAUCAACCGAUAAGUUUUGUUGAAUUUGGCUUAGGUCUUUAUCUGCAAGAGCUAAAAAUAAGCAACAUAUACAAAUGAUUAUCCUCGAUUACAAAACAUUUUAUAAUCAACUGAAUUUUACGAAAGCGGUGGUUUUAUUUACUAAUCACAUAAUCAGAUAAUUAUUUGAUAUUAUCUUAUCAUUGAGAUUUUCAGUACUCUUUAGGAAACCUGAUAUCUCAUUUGUCGAUUCAUAUGAUGAGCCAGCAAGCCACGUGUCCUGUGUGAGGCAACAGGCGUAUUAUAAAUGUCUGUCACGAUUAUCACCGCCGGUUUUUACGAUCAAUCGUCGACCAAUAUCUUUGAAGUUCCAGCCAAAUGAGUUUGCCACUUUUGUUUUACAUUUUGUCGGGAGCAGUAGCUAGGAAUUCGCAAAUAUUUCAGGUCUCCAUCCAGUGAUGUUCGUUUGUUUCACGGCUUAGAUUCUUUCUCAUUAAAAUUUACCUAAGGUACAAAUAUGACCAUUGCGCAUGCCCAUCCGCCGGCUAAUUGAUCAGGUUCUACAUUGAAUUGUAUAAGAUUCUAUUUUUACGUAAUGAUGCAAAGCAUUUAUUAGACAAAAUAAAAGGCGGAGACAGUUAUAUUCAGGUUUUGUUAUUUCACCUACUUUAAAGUUACCCUAACAUAUUGAAACAGAAUCAUGAAAACCAUGAAUGAAAAUGAAUUA